AUGCUUUCAGUACUUCGUCAAAAUGAUUAUAAUGUUCGUGGUCCAAGUAAACUAAAUAUUGCUGAGAAUCUGGCUGAGCCGACAGUCUUCGUCAUUGCAUUUUCAAAAAUUUGUGUAUGGAUUGUUGCAUUUAAUAUUGCCUAUUUGUUCCGUCUCCGUAACAUUGUCAUGUGGAUGUACCGAAUUUUGAACAAUUUCACGUUAAUUACCAUUGAAAUGGUAGUGGUACUAAAUAUUAUCUUCAUAAAUGUCUUUUGGCAAUUUUUUGGUAAUGGCGAUAAUACUAGCACAAAGGUCACAAAUUCGAGCUAUACUUCAAAAAGAAUCCUUAAGACUCGUGUUCUUCACGAGGUAUUUUGGUCUCCAAAGAAUGUAACUAUAUUCAGGUCUAGCCUGAACGAGUCGUCAAUUUCCUUCUUUGAACCAAGAAUUUUAUUGGAAGCGAUCCUGAGAACAAUCAUGAAUGAUACUCAUCUGACCUCAUGUGGUUCGUAUCUUGCAGAUCAAAGUCAGUUGCUUACAAAUAGUAAGCCUACAUUGGCCAGUAGGUUUGAAAUGUUACAGUCUCCUCUUCCACUGCAACUGAAUGAGAAUCAUUUGAUUCAGACUCUGUUUAAUGAACCAUCUCAGAGUUUAGUCGAGGACACCGAUCCAUUGCCAGUAUCUAGAUCCAAAUCUUACUUCUCUAAAAAAUUCUUCAAUCAAGCUAAAAGAGCAACAAAUGACAAUGAAUCAAUCACGUCAAGCAUUCAAAACGAAAAUGCCAUUGAGAUUAUUUCUAUUUCAAAAGAUAAUAAGAAGUAUUUUUAA